CAUUUUACAAUUUCUUUGAUUGUUGAUUUUCCUCCAAAGCAUUAUUGCCAUUUGAUUUGUUUCCUUCUGCAGGUUCUACAAAAUGAUCCUCACAAGUUGAGACUUUAUUAUAAACUUGCCCUCCAUGAGCAGCUUGGCGUCCCCCACCACUUGCUCAGUGACUUCGACUCAAUCGACAUCGACUUCACCCCUUCUCAGUUUCGGUCCGCCGCUGGGUUAACCAUUGCUAGCAUUGUUUCCCGCGGAAACUUGACUCUGCUUGUUGGGGGCUCCAAUUCUUUUGUCCACGCCCUGCUUGCGGAACGAUUUUAGCCGGAAGUUGAUGUGUUUUCUGGGUCGAGCUCGAUGAGCCGGGAACUGAGGUAUGAUUGUUGUUUUCUAUGGGUGGAUGUGGCAUUGCCGGUUCUGUGUGAUUAUCUGCGUAAGUGAGUAGAUGACAUGCUAGACUUGGGGAUGUUUGAGGAGCUGGCUGGGUUUUACAACCCAGGAAAGGAAGGGUAUCGUUUUGGGAUAAGGAAAGCAAUCGGAGUGCCGGAUUUCGAUCGGUAUUUUCGCAAGUUUUCACCAUGGGAGAAGGAAGAAAACGGGAGGGUUCCCGAUGAAGAAAGUGAUCCGGUGCGAAGGGAAGCAUACGAGGAGGCUGUGAGGGAGAUAAAGGACAACACGUGUCGACUGGCGAUAAGGCAGAUAGAGAAGCUUUCAAGGUUAAAAGGGGUAGGGUGGACACUACGGAAACUGGAUGCUACAGCGUCGUUUAGAGCAGUGAUGGCGUCGAGUUCAGAUAAAGAAGAAUGGAGGCAACGAUGGGAAAGGGAAGUGGUGGAGCCAAGCGUGAAGAUUGUGAAGUGUUUCUUGGAGGAGUAGGUUUUCCAACCGUUUCAGUUUGUUGGACAGUUUUCUGCCUCUCUUCCUCGACUAAAACCAACUUUUAGCC